AUGUCUAGCUGUAAGUGUGGAAGCAGUUGCAACUGUGGUGAUAGCUGCAAUUGUAACAAGAGUGGAUUGAGCUACUCCGAAAUGGAAACCAAAGAAACCGUGGUUCUCGGCGUCGCUCCGGCGAAGAUCCACUCUGAUGGUGCUGAAAUGAGUGUCACGGCUGAGGAUGGUGGCUGCAAGUGUGGUGAUAGCUGCACUUGUGACCCUUGCAACUGCAAAUGA